AGUCAAGCUUGGAGGCUUCAAUUGAACUGAGGAAGAAGAAGAGAGAGGAGAGAGAAAAGGAACGGGAGGAGUGGGCUGAGGAGAGAAGGAAAGGGAAGGUUGAGGAUGAAGAUAAAGAGGAAAAGGACGAAGGGCAGAAGAAACGAAGUCGCAGCUCUGAACGCAGAUCACACGAUCGUAAAUCACAUGAUCGGAAACGAUCCCGAAGCCGUGAUCGUAAACGUUCUCGGAGCCGAGAUCGCCGACGUCGGUCCCGGAGCAAGGAUAGCCGAAGGAGGAGUAGGAGCAGGAGCAGAGACGGAAGACGGGGACGGAGAUAUUAGACCUGGGUCUCCUCCUAUUUACUAGAACACCCUGAGCUAUCUGAGUCCAUGUUUAAUCCCCCCCAAGUACUGCUCAACCAAGUUCAGGUGUUGUCCCAUACAAAUCUGUUUGUUCUUCAAAUUAUUUUGUUUUGAUUUCGCGUGUUUUUCUCAUGUGCGUUUUAAGUUUAAUAAAAUCUGGAAUCUGAGAUUAGAAUGCACUUUGAAAUUAUAACAGCUUUCGCAUAAUUUUCAUGUCGAUUUCUGUCUAGUUCAUUCUUGUUAAAUUUGUAAAUUUAAUCUGUCCAUAACGUUUAAAUGAUCAUUUUUUAAUGCAAAAAGUGAUUUGUAUAAAACAAACAAAAAAUAUUUUACUUUCCGCUUGUUUUCUUCGUUAAAAUAUACGAAAAGUUCUUUAAUGAGAUAUGUUGACGCAAUACGCAUACUAUAUAAUCUAACUGCGUAGGUUACUCCCAGUCCCGCUUCUUGUGACAGUUAAAGGGUUUAAACUGGUUUAAAGUAAGUUAAAUGCCAGGUAUUAGAUGUAUUUUUUACAGGGUUUUCUACCAAAAUACUUUCUUCUAACCUUGAGGUAAAACAAUUCUAAAUAACAACAUAACAGAGGUAACUUACGUUCAUCUUUGGUCUUUAAACACUAUUCUUCAUAUUGAGGUAUCAACCCCACCCCCUCCCCCUCCCCCUAGCUUGCAUUUGGACUCAACAUCGUUGAUUUCUAAGGUACUUUAAAUCAACUUAGGAAUAAUGAUGGUUAAAUCAUAUCUGUCGGCGGUUCAAGGUAUAAAUUAACCUGCAUAGUUGGUCAGAGGAAAGAACUUCUGAAUGGACGAAAUGAUCUAAACUUAUUUCUUUCAUUCUUUCAUUAUUUCUUUCUUAGUCGUUUCUUCCUCCCAUUAGGGUCUAAUUUGAAACCAUUUCUCUACCCUUCCUUAAACCUGGUUCAGCUGUUUUAAGGUACAUCCGUGUAUAGACGUGAAUAUCUCAAGGUUUCAGAUAGAAUGGGUUUACUUAGUAUACUCAAGAAGCUGAAGCAGAAGGAGAAGGAGAUGAGGAUUCUAAUGCUGGGUUUAGAUAAUGCUGGUAAAACAACAAUCCUCAAGAAGUUUAAUGGAGAGGAUAUUACAGAGAUUGCUCCAACACUAGGAUUCAAUAUUAAAACCCUUGAACACAGAGGAUUUCAGUUAAAUAUCUGGGAUGUUGGAGGACAGAAAUCUCUCCGAUCCUACUGGAGAAACUACUUCGAGUCUACUGAUGGUCUAAUCUGGGUUGUAGACUCAGCUGAUAAAAGAAGACUAGAGGACUGUAAGACGGAGCUGCAUAAGCUGCUGGAGGAGGAAAGACUGCUGGGAGCAACGCUGCUAGUAUUUGCAAACAAACAGGAUCUACCUGGAGCACUGGGAAUGGACGAAAUCCGCGAGGUUUUACAGUUGGAUCAGAUUACAACCCAUCACUGGAUGAUCCUGAACUGUAGUGCUAUAACCGGAGAAAAUCUUCUUCAGGGAGUGGACUGGAUAAUUGAUGAUAUUUCAGCCAGAAUUUUUACAAUGGACUGAAUUCUCUUCAACUAAUGUACAUUGUGAACUUUGUACACUGUACACUGUACACUGUACACGAAUUUAAUACACACUACACGCUAAGUGUACAGCAGCACUUCAGUAUGGUUUCUUGAUGUUUUAAUUCUAAACCUUCAUUCAAGAAUAUGUCAAACGCAAAAAUCGUUUCAGUCAUGCACCUUCAAGUUUAACCAAUAAAAACGUGCGUUUCAGUCAUGCACCUUCAAGUUUAACCA